AUGGUUGCAGCAGAGAUGAUAGUACUGAUGGUGAAAGCAGUUAUGGCGUAUUACGGACCAUAUCCACUGCACGAAGCUGCAAGCUCGGGAGAUCUCGAGGCCGUGAAGUUCUUUAUCUCGAGAAAACACGUGGAUUCUUACGACCAGACAGGCCGGACGGCGUUGCAUAUAGCCAUAGAGAACGGUCACGUGACAUGCGUGCAGGAACUUCUGCUGCUUGGCGCAGACGUGAACAUUCCCAACAAGUCUACCGGUCAGACUGCCUGCCAUCAAGCCAGCUUUCUUGGCCGCUCGGACAUUCUGGACAUCUUGUUGCGCUACGGUGCAGCUGUGUUCGAAAUUGACAGGGAGAACUGCGAUCCGCUCCACUACGCCGCCAAGAACGACGCCGCCGUGGCCAUAGAGACGCUGGCAAAGCUAGGAGUCAGCAUGGAGUGUCGAGACAAGGUUGGCGCAACACCCCUGCAUGUCGCAGCGGCUCUCGGUAAACUGGUUUCCAUCCGUCAACUGUGUUCUUUGAAAGCCGACCUCAACUCUACAGAUCAGAAUAUCGAGACGCCUUUGCACAUGGCUGUGCGGUCCUCACAGACGUCUGCUAUAGCGGAGCUCGUGCAACUUGGGGCGAACGUAGAGGCCCGCAAUAAGGAUAACGAAUGUCCCCUGCACGUGGCUGUCCGAAUGGACCUAUGGACUUCCGCUCAGCAACUGAUUAAAUCUGGAGCCAGCAUGGACACUCCCUGGCAGAAAGGUGUCACGAGUCUUCACCUAGCGGCCAUAUAUAGCAGCUGUCACGUGAUUUCUCUUUUGGUAUUGGAGCGUUGUGACCUCAAUACAAGGGACAAGGCCGGAAACACGGCGCUCCAUCACGCGGUGAUGCGCGAGCAAACGGAAGCGAUAUCAAAGCUGGUGGAACUCGGGGCAGACGUAAACGCUAAGGGAAAGAGAGGCGACACGUGUUUGCACGUUGCAGUGAAGCUAAAAAAGACUAAACUCGUGCAGCUCCUCGUUCGCCUUGGGGCCGAUUGUAAUCUGGAAAACGAGCAACGUCUGUUUCCAGUCUAUCUCGCUGCGGUGAACGAUGACGUCAUAACAUGCCGCUGUCUGAAACGCGCUGGAGCUGACGUCAACAAGCUUAACACGGAAGGGGACACAGUCGUGCACAUUCUCGUGGAGGAGGAAAAGUUUGAAGGGUUCUCUGCCCUUGCUGACGUCAACGUCAAUCUGAACGUCCUCAACAAGGAUGGACUAACAGCGUUCCAUAUAAGUUCGGUGGAACGCAACCUGACGUCAAUGAGGAAGUUAAAAGAACUAGGGGCAAAUAUUAACGCCCCGGACAAGCACGGUCUGACGGCGCUGCAUCUAGCGGUGAUGCGAGGGGGCGGAGAAGAAACGGACCUGCUACACGAUCUUGGUGUGGACAUGGAUGCACCCACGCUUAAUUUCUCUCGCAAGAAGGACAUGCAUCCACUUGGGAAACAAGAAUGGCCGCCUGAAGACAUUGACCAUGGGGAGUACUGGAAAGUCAAAGGUGGACUCACUGCGGUACACCUGGCCUUUCUUCACGGUCAUGACGACCUUUUGAAGCACGUGGUCUCGUGUGGGUCGGACAUAAACCGAGCAAACAAGGACGGAGAGACGGUGUUUCACCUUGCCGUGUUUUACAACCGACUGGACAUGAUGAAAACGCUGCUGUCAUUGGGUGCGGACAGGAACUGUAAGGAUAGUAGAGGACGGACGCCGCUCCUUUAUGUCGCGCACACCGGAAGUUUAGAUGCUGUCCGAUUACUGCUUAAGAAUGGCGCUUGUAUCAACGAUAUUGAUAGUGAAGGACGACAGGCGAUACAUUACGCUGCAGCAGAGGGACAUUUCCUGCUACUUCCGGAAUUCACGGCACGCAGUCGGGCUGUAGACUUGAACUGCAAGGACAAUAUGGGUUUCACCCCGUUGCACAGGGCGUGUCAGGGCGGUCACGUGGACACGAUCGUUGACCUUCUAACCUUGGGGGCAGACGAUCUGGCCGUGGACAACGACGGCAACACGACGGUACACAUGGCGGCGUGCCAAGGUCAGACGGAGGUCAUAGCGCAGCUUGCGGCCCUUGGGAGCCGAAUGGACGCGCAGAAUCUGGAGAAGAAGACGCCUCUGCACGUUGCGGGUGAGGCGGGCCAGGGCGCGGUCAUGGAGCUCCUACUGCUGUGCGGUUGUGACCCAAAUAUCAGGGACAUGAACGACAAUCUGGCCAGUACAUUCCGUCUGUCCCCUGACCAGAAGCGGUCCGUGGCCAAAAGAAUCAAACAGUACAACGACAAUCACUCGGACAGGCAUCAAACAGGGGAGAUAACGUUCGAUUCUCGCAUGGUUCCCGCAGGCAAACCAAUCGAGUUCGAAAAGCUAGGGGUCAGCGUUCAGUUGACUUCCGAGAAGAAUUGUCGACCAAUCAUCUUCAUCCAUCGCACACCGGCGGAUUCUGCGCAGCUUGAUGUUCCUGUACGCGGACUUGAAGAGAUUUUGAGUGAUGUGUAUGAGCUGAGAGUGUUCGCCCUACCGGAAGAGUGUCCGCUCAGGAUAGAGGUCCCAUUGGAUGGUUAUCCCGGAAACUUUGAGGCGUUCUUGCGAACCGCCGAGGCCAAAGAGUACAGUGAGGUCACUACGUCGGAAGAAAAUGGGAUUCCAACCUUCAUCGGUAUGGUACCGGUACAGCAAGGUACGGUGAUAAAGUUUGCCGUGCUUGCGCGUCCCCGUGCGUACUCACACGUGAUUGAACCGAAUGGAGGCGUGAUUAUGUCGGAAAUAGACCGCCGGAUCAGGAUCGAGGUCCCUAAGGGUGCUGUGCGGGAAAAUGUCUCAUUCAACAUUCAGGUUCUGAAAACAUCCGAUUUGGACAGUUCUACUCCUGGUCUGUUCGCGGCGGACCUAGUCACGGUGACCCUCGAUCAGGCGCUCCGCUCGCCUGCGACGGUUCAACUUCCGCUCCACGUGGAAACCGACGAACCGGAAGAGCUGGCCGUGUUUUGCGUGCCCAACGAAGGCGACGUCGCUAACGAUUUCCUGUGGAAAGUCGUGGACUCUUUCUUGUACAUCCAGAACGGUUGCGUGAAGUUUACGGUCUCACAUUUCGGAAUGUUCGUGGUGGUAUACUUGCCUAGGGGGUCCAAGAUGACACAAGAAGCAGGCAAACGGCAAGCGCGUGACCGCAUAAAGGCCGCCAUUUUAAGGGAAACUUCGGUGCUCUUCUUUUGCGCACUGGCCCCGAAAAAGGAUUCUUUCUUAACUAUAUUCGAAUGCACAACUCCUGGAAGGUUCCAAAGCCGUAAGGAAUUCUGGGAGCGCGAGGGAUUCACGUUCCAUCCGCAGCUGGUGCACUCCGGACAUUUUCCCGCCAAGCCCAACGAGACUUUCUACUUUGACGUUAAAGGAAACGUUAAACACGUCGACUACAGCGUUGAUGUCGGUCGCCGUAAGCAUCUAACGUUCAAUCCGCGGUCGUACAAGUACCAAUCGUUUUACGUUACUCGAGUCCAGAAAGGUCAGCCGCUGAUUGGGGAACUAACGGUGUACAAGUCGCCAACGGGCGCGGGCAGCUUUCUGACUAGUGUUCCAUUAGAAGUUAUGGAAAACAAAUCAUGUGUGAUAUCCUAAGUUGACCUAGUUACUGCAACUGAUCUACAUAUACUGCCAUCGUGAAUUCGCGCAUUAUUUUACCAAACUGAGCAUGACUGAAUUGCUUUUGUUAAAUCGUAUUGCGAUACGCAUUUCUAUUAUACAUAUCCUCAUUAAAACAACGAAAAUAUUGGAAUUACGUUGAGUUUUAAUACAACAUGUGACGGACAUUUCUUGAUAGCAACAGUUAUUGUACGAUACGUCACACCAGUAGCAAGUUUUUAACACUAUAAGGAGUGAGUGGAGUGAGUUUAUAAUUGUUUCGAUAUACACUCAUAUUAGUUUCCUAUUUUUGAAAUUCAACACGUUUCUGGAAGAUUUUUCUCGUAUCAAAUAUUAUUUUCAAAAAGUUUUUUAAAAAUUAGAAACAAGAUAGGUUAAACAAAACUUGGUCAUUCCAUCAAAGCUCAUGUGCGCUGUUUAAAGAAGUUGACAAUGCAUUUUACAGUGGUCAACAUACUUGAGUCCGGCACAAUAUGACAUAUACCCGAACUUGGUGUGUAUGGUAAAUGUUUAAUAGAUGUUAGGUUGGGAAUA